CGCAACAGUGUGACAUCCGGCGGAAGUAAACAAGACAAGCUCCAGUGUUUGCAACGUCUUUAAAUUGUGACUUUCGCUAGAAUGAGUUAUUGUAGUCGUAACUCCGCUAAUUAUUUUACUUGUAAUGAAGCAACAAUGUCUUCAGUUGAGAGUUUGAGAGAGUUUGUCAACGAGCGACUAACUGCUGCUGAAGAAAUAUUCCGAGUUUUUAAAAACACUAUCGUCGAGUACGAGGAAGAGAUCGAUCGUCAGCGCAGACUGCUGGAUAUCGUUUGGAAACCCGAAGUAAAGUUACACAGGAUAGAGCUCCCACAGAAACAUGUCUGUAUGGAGGAGGAGGUUCUGGCUGACCAGCAGCUCUGGAUUCAGGAGAGGAUCCCCGGUCUGGACCAGGAGGACCCACAGCCUCCACAGGUUAAAGAGGAACAGGAGGAACUCUGUACCAGUCAGGAGGGAGAGCAGCUUGUAGUGAAGCAGGAGACUGACACCUUUAUGUUGACUCCUACUUAUGAGGAAAGUGACCACAGUGAAGCAGAACUGAAAAGUGACCACCAGCUCCUCUCUCACAACUGUCAUGUAGCUGAGAGCCAAGAUCAGAAAGAAGGCGAGCAUGAAGACUCAGGAUCAACUAGAGAUGCAGAGUCAAAACAAAGAAUCAAGAUCACAACAGCAGAAGCCCCAGAAACAAUGUACACAAGUCUACCAUGUCAGAGGUUCACCAUGAUCCUCACACAGAGCUCCCACAGCAACAUGUCUGUAAGGAGGAGGAGGUUCUGGCUGACCAGCAGCUCUGGAUUCAGGAGAGGAUCCCCGGUCUGGACCAGGAGGACCCACAGCCUCCACAGGUUAAAGAGGAACAGGAGGAACUCUGUACUAGUCAGGAGGGAGAGCAGCUUGUAGUGAAGCAGGAGACUGACACCUUUAUGUUGACUCCUACUUAUGAGGAAAGUGACCACAGUGAAGCAGAACUGAAAAGUGACCACCAGCUCCUCUCUCACAACUGUCAUGUAUCUGAGAGCCAAGAUCAGAAAGGAGGCGAGCAUGAAGACUCAGGAUCAACUAGAGAUGCAGAGCCAAAACAAAAGAAUCAAGAUCACAACAGCAGAAGCCCCAGAAACAAUGUACACAAGUCUACCAUGUCAGAGGUUCAUCAUGAUCCUCACACAGGUAAAAAGUCUUUCACAUGUGACACAUGUGGAAAAGAUUUUCAGUCCAAGUCAGAUUUUCAGAAACACCUGAGAAUUCACACAGGUGAGAAGCAAUUUUCUUGCAAAACAUGUUUAAAAGACUUCAAAACUAGCAGUGCAUUGAUACGCCAUAUAAGAACCCACACAGGUGAGAAACCAUAUUCUUGCGAAACAUGUGGGAAAGACUUCAGAACCAGCGAUCACUUGCAACACCAUACAAGAACCCACACAGGUGAGAAGCCGUAUUCUUGCAAUACAUGCAGAAAAUCUUUUAGCCAAAGGAGUAACAUGAUAGCCCAUGUGAGAACCCACACAGGUGAGAAGCCGUAUUCUUGUGAAAUAUGUGGUAAAGACUUCAGAACCAGCGAACACUUGCAUGUUCAUAAAAGGUCCCACACAGGUGAGAAGCCAUACCUUUGCAAAAUCUGUGGGAAAAGAUUCCGUGACACUAAAACAUUUAUAAGUCAUACGAGAACCCACACGGGUGAAAAGCCGUAUUCUUGCAAAACAUGUAGAAAAUCUUUUAGCCAAAGGAGUAACAUGAUAGCUCAUGUGAGAACCCACACAGGCGAAAAGCCGUAUUCUUGUGAAACAUGUGGGAAAGCCUUCAGAAUCAGCAAUCACUUGCAACUUCAUAUAAGAACCCACACAGGAGAGAAGCCGUAUGCUUGUGAAACAUGUGGGAAAGCCUUCAGAACCAGCAAUCACUUGCAACUCCAUAUAAGAACCCACACAGGUGAGAAGCCGUAUGCUUGUGAAACAUGUGGGAAAGCUUUCAGAACCAGCAAUCAGUUGCAACUCCAUGUAAGAACCCACACAGGUGAGAAACCAUAUUCUUGUGAAAAAUGUGGGAAGGCUUUCAGAGCAAGUCGUCAAUUGAAAACCCACAUAACAAGAGAACACAAAGGUGAGAAGCUGUAGCUUUGCACGAUGAAAAGAUGUGUUGUUGCGUCUGAUUUGACACAGAACAGAAGGCAGCAUACAGACAAGUAAUCUCGUGGGAAAAGAUUCAGUUCUAGAGGUUUGUGGUCAAAACACAGAAGAACUCAUAGAAGUGAAGAACUGCAUCAGUGCAGCACUUGUGCUAAAAGUUCCGACCCCUGGACCCCCCUGCAGUUCGUCUACAGAGCCAACAGGUCUGUCGACGAUGCAGUAAACUUGGCCCUUCACUACACCUCCAGCACCUGGACUCCUCAGGAACCUACGCCAGGAUCCUGUUUGUGGAUUUCAGCUCUGCUUUCAUUACCAUCAUCCGAACUGCUGCAGGUCAAGCUCUCCCAGCUUAGCGUGCCUGGCUCUACCUGCAUGGUGGUUCACAGACUUCCUGUCUGACAGGAAGCAGCACGUGAAGCUGGGAAAACAUAUCUCUAUCUUCUGGACUUCUUCCCCCAUCACCCUGUUUGACUGUGGAGUCCUUCUGCUUCCUGGGCACCAUCAUCUCCCACGAUGGAGAUGAAGCCCAGCAGAGGAUGUACUUCCUGCGGCAGCUGAAGAGGUUCAGCUUGAAAAAGACAAUGAUGGUGCACUUCUACACCGCCAUCAUUGAGACCAUCCUCACCUCCAUCACCAUCUGCCACUGCCACAGUGACACCUAAUGGUCACUUUUGAUAUUGACACAUCUUGGGAGGGGUUUCAUUGAAACAAUGACUGACCCGCGUUUACAAUUCUAAACGUCUUAUCAAUACAUGACCAACAGGAUUUGGGAGAAAUCAACAUACAAACAAACACUUUCAGAUUGUCAGAGACAGCAGAUGGGGAUCGCAAUAAAAGUGUGUUUAAAUAAAACACAUCUGUGUGUUUCAUUUAGCCGACGCUUUUCUCAAAAGCAAAUCACAAUUUCUAUUCAGCUGUUUUGGGGCUGAGUCUGUUUUUCUUUUCAUAAUUGACAUCCCCAGCCUUGGAAAAAUUUGGUCACAUCAUGGAACAUUUGUUGCUGGCAAAGAUAAGUAUUUUUUUUGCCAUCAUAGGCCUACAGGUGCGGAUAUACUACAGCAUGUUGCUACUGCUAAUAAAUCAACGGAUCGUGUCAUCAUA